GGAAAUCAAAAUGUUGGAUUUAUCAUUCAAACUCCAUAUCAAAUGUUGUUGGAGUUAUUAUCGUCCAUGUUUUUUUCCCGCCUCAACCGCUCUGUAUUUCGUUUCCACUCAUUUCCUGCGAUUCCUGCUUCAAAGAGUGGUGAUUUCAAGUCCCCUGUUCAUCAAUCCCUUCACCUUUCAUUAGAAAGAUGCUCCUCCAUGAGACAGCUCAAGGUCCUCCAUGCCCAAAUCAUCCUCCAAGGUUUGGUUUCUGAAACUCUCACUCUUGGAAAAUUGGUCUCUUUCUGUGCUGUUUCUCAAGCUGGGGAUCUUCACUACGCCCAGCUUGUUUUUGAUCACCAUCUCCAACCCAACAAGUUUAUGUUCAACUGCUUGAUAAGGGGAUACUCCACUUCCCAACACCCAAUCAAAGCUAUUGUUCUCUACUUUAAAAUGAUGCGUUCUGGGUUUCUGCCCAAUCAAUUUACUCUCCCAUUUGUGCUCAAAGCUUGUGCUUCUCAGCUUGCGUAUUGGGAAGUUCUUCUUGUCCAUUGCCAUACCAUUCGACUCGGGAUUUUGUCUCAUGUUUGCGUACAGAAUGCUCUUAUCAAUGCUUAUGCCGUUUGUGGUUUUGUCCAAUGCGCACGCCAACUGUUCGAUGAAAUGUCACAUAGAACUCUGGUGUCCUGGAAUUCGAUCAUUGGUGGGUACUCUAGGAAUGGGUUCUGUAAGGAAGCCUUUUUGCUGUUUCGAGAUAUGAGAGUGUGGGGAUUUCAGCCGGAUCUGUUCACGUUGGUUCAUCUAUUUUCCAUUUGUACAAGAAGUUAUAACUUAGAUAUGGGUAAAUGUGUGCAUCUCUAUGUAGAGAUUACUGGGAUUGAGUUCGAUCAAAUUUUAAGAAAUGCUCUGCUGGAUAUGUAUGCGAAAUGUGGGGAUUUGCUUUCUGCUCGGACAAUCUUCGAUAGAAUGAUCGACAAAAAUGUUGUUUCGCAUACUUCCAUGAUUAGUGCAUAUUCAAAACAUGGCCUUUUUCGCUAUGCUCGUGAGGUAUUUGAUCAAAUUCCUGAGAAGAAUGUGAUCUCUUGGAAUUCAAUGAUCUCAUGUUAUGUCCAAGAAGGUCGAUGCAAGGAAGCAUUGCUUCUUUUUCAACAGAUGUGUGAGACAACCAUCAUGCCUGAUGAGGCUACUCUAGUGAGUGUUCUUUCAGCCUGUAGUCAAAUUGGUGAUUUAGCCAUGGGAAAGAAAGCACAUUGUUACAUUUGCAGCAACAAUAUCAUGAUCACUGCCACUCUUUCGAAUUCCCUCAUCGACAUGUAUGCAAAAUGUGGUGCCCUCGAAACUGCCAUGGAUUUUUUCUUUGAGUCUAAAGAUAAGAAUUUAGUGUCCUGGAAUGUCAUUAUCCAGGCGCUUGCAUUACAUGGCUAUGGCCUGCAUGCACUCAAACUAUUCAAUAUGAUGCAUACUUCGGGGAUUUGGCCCGACGAAAUCACAUUCACUGGACUGCUAUCUGCUUGUAGCCAUAGCGGACUUGUCGACAUGGGACGCUAUUUAUUCGAGAGAAUGAGUUCCGUUUACGGGAUUCUUCCUGAAAUCGAGCAUUACGCUUGCAUGGUGGACUUGCUAGGAAGAGGAGGGCUGUUGCAGGAAGCAGUAAAACUCAUUGGAGGAAUGCCAAUGAAGCCAGAUGUGGUUGUGUGGGGCGCUAUGCUUGGUGGUUGUAGGACUUACGGGAAUGUGGACAUCGGGAAUCAAAUCUUGAAACAGGUUCUGGAGUUGGAGACAUACAGUUCUGGGCUCUACGUUCUUCUGUCAAACAUAUAUUUUGAAGCAAAGAGAUGGAAAGAAGUGAGAAAUAUAAGAAAACUGAUGAAUGAGCAUGGGAUCAUCAAGUGUAAAGCUGUUAGCUUCAUUGAGAUUGAUGAAUGCAUUACAGAGUUUAUGGUUGAUGACAAGAGACAUGAAACAAGCGGUAUAUAUCCCUUGCUGGAUCAGUUAACCGAUCAUUUGAGGUCGGUUGGGCACUUGUCGAAUAACUCGAUUCUCAUUUCAGAUUCCGAAGGCUAAUGUUAUUCAGCCUUGCAUUUUGGACACAAGUAUUGGGUCUUCAGAGCUCAACCACGACCGGUGCAAACCGAGGUCGAAGGCUAAGUAAAAGCAAAGAGAAGUCGAGCAGAGAAGUGUAGGCGCUGCACAUCGAAGGAAGAUGUACCGAACAUGAUGCUGAGACGAAGGAGCCACUCAUUCGCACGAAGUUCUUGGAACUGUGGCACCAAGGAAGUUUACAAUGUUGUGUAGACACCCAAGCAUCAUAGCACUAGGAGCUUGCGCACACUGUUGUGUGUGAUUCCCAAAUUUCGGCCUAUACCUUCGACAUUGGACAAACAUUUUUUCAUCCAAGAAAGUGGCAAAAUGGAGCCUUCUUGAGGGGAGGAAAAGAUAGCAUUUCAAAUUAACAUAGUUGUGACUAAACUUGUUGCAAUUAUUGGACCUUAGGUUGAAAUAAUAUAAGGUGAUGGUCCAUUUUGUAUAAUCUUAAUCA